AUGCUCCGGCGCUGGUCUCGGCACGUCGUGCGGGGCAUCGCGGGGCUUCCCGAGCGAUCGGGCGGGGUGCGGGCCAUGCACGGCAAGCCCACCUCCGGCCAUAAAGUCCGCACCCAACACAGCCGUCGUUGGUGGCUGCAGUCGAAGGCCCGACACCUCACGGCCACCCCUCACGAGGAGACCCGCUCGCGCCCGCAUUUCCCCGGCUUCACCGAAGACGUUGAUCGGCCGAUGUUGGUGCCGAAGGGGGUUUGCUGUAUGAACUGCGAUAAGGCGAUCAACACAGAGGACUUUAAUAGCUUUGUUUGGGUCCCCGCCGGAAACGCCCGGGUGCCGACCCCGGAGGGGUAUUUCUUUCACUUUCACUGCUUUAAGUGUUGGAACUGUAAGUAUCGAAUCAUGCACAACCAAUUCUACACGAAGGAUAACAGGGCGUGGUGCGUCCCAUGCGCCCUGGGCCGGGACAUCCGCGUCCCAACGCGGCGUUGGCAUACGUCUUAUGUGAAUACCCACCGCACGGGAUCACGUAUGACUGGGCAGUUCUUCCCACGAUAUAAGCACCAGAUGGAGUUCCUAUUUAAUCCAAAUGAAUAG